AUGGCCUCAAUCAGCGCCAUGGUUGAACAAGACGUCCACCCGGUGGAUUGGCAGACAAAGGUCGCUCAAAAGCGACAGCAGUGCCGUGAAGCCAUUCCGACAGAGUGGCAGCUUCCUUCUGAUAUCUCCAAGAUGCUGGUUUACCCGCUGGAUAAGAAUCCAAACAGACUCUUCGACUUGGACAUAGUCAAGAAGUCGCGGAUCCUAUCCGAACGUGAACUAUCAAUCACGGAAAACUACACGGUGUCGGAGUUGCUGGCCAACCUUGCAUCGGGAGAGUUCACUUCUGUCGAGGUUACAACGGCCUUUUCGAAAAGGGCUGCAAUAGCACAACAGCUAACUUCGUGUCUGACGGAGACAUUCUUCGACACCGCACUCCAACGAGCAAAAUAUGUCGAUCAAUGUAGGAGUGAGGGAAAGCUGCUUGGGCCCUUGCAUGGCCUUCCCGUCAGCAUCAAGGACUCCUUUCAGGUAGCUGGCACUGAAGCUUCCAUUGGUUUCGUCUCGUUCCUCGGGGAGAAGUCACAGGAGAACUCGCCGAUUGUCGACAUUCUACUCAGCUUGGGCGCCGUGCUCUAUGUGAAAACGAACAUUCCUCAGACACUCAUGACGGCGGACUCUGACAACAACAUCUUUGGCCGAGUCUUGAACCCUCACAACACAUCUCUAGGUGCGGGAGGCUCUAGUGGGGGGGAAGGAGCAUUGAUUGCUUUCCGAGGAUCCCCGCUUGGUGUUGGGACUGAUGUUGCUGGAUCAAUUCGCAUUCCGGCAUUGUGUUGUGGCACCUAUGGCUUCAAACCAACAUCUUCUCGGGUUCCGUACGGCGGUCAAGCAACACCGGGUUUGCCUGGAUGGAAGCCCAUACUCGCCUCCGCAGGGCCACUUGCGAAUGACUUUGAAGCCCUGGAAGUCUUGACCAAAGCAAUCAUAGACUCGGUGCCCGCUACGUUUGACUCGACCGCGAUUGACGUACCCUGGCGCCGCCUGGACCAAGAUGAAGAUGCCAAGCUCAGAAUCGGAGUCCUGGCUGAAGACCCCCUUUAUCCACUUCAUCCACCGGUAAAGAGAGCGCUUGCGGAAGUUGCCAACAGACUCGCAGCUGAAGGUCAUCAAGUGAUUCAGCUAAGCCCAGAGCAAGGCCACGUGGCCGAUGCCACGGAGGUGGCAGGUGAGCUAUUCAGUCUUGAGACAGAGACUCCGAGGGGACAUAUCCUUGCGAGUGGUGAGCCUCCGGUGCCCUCUGUUGCUGCGGGUCAUCGACCUGCCAGUUUCGGAAACUACCAGUAUGUUCCGAAUAUUGAGAAGUUGGGCAAGCUGCAAAAGUAUGCAGCUCUGACAGUGAAACGUCAGGAGCUGUCGGAGGACUGGCGAAAGAUGUGGUCCGAAAUGAAGCUGGAUGCGGUCAUUAGCCCUCCAGCUCAAAACACAGCUGUUCCACAUGACACGUAUGGCUGGCCACCAUACACAUGUCUCCUCAACGUGCUUGACUACCCCGCUUGCAUAAUACCAUUCUCGAAAGCCUCGCAGCAACAGGACCCUGAGCCACUGCAAAUCCGGCCUGGACAAGCUGGCCCGCAUUGUAAGAGACGCGAGUCCGACAAUGUUCAUUUGCUGACAGUCAUUUAG